AUGGCAGUCAUUGCCUUGCUAAGCUAUGAUGUGGCCAUGUGCUCUUUGAGCUAUGGCCUGGCCAUGUUUCCUGAUAUUAGCCCCCUCCCCUACUUUGGGAAGGUUGAACAAGUAAAAUUACUUGACCGAUUCAGUACCAACAACAAGUCCUUAACGGGAACACUGUACCUGACGGCCACACACCUGCUUUUCAUAGACUCCCAUCAGAAGGAAACCUGGAUAUUACACCACCACAUUGCCUCGGUAGAGAAGCUUGCUCUGACUACUUCUGGAUGUCCACUCGUGAUUCAGUGCAAGAACUUCCGAAUUGUACAUUUCAUUGUUCCCAGAGAGAGAGAUUGUCAUGAUAUUUACAACUCUUUGCUGCAACUGUCAAAACAAGCAAAAUACGAAGACCUCUAUGCAUUUUCUUACAAUCCCAAACAAAAUGAUUCUGAGCGACUGCAGGGCUGGCAGCUCGUUGACCUGGCCAAGGAGUAUGAGCGCAUGGGAGUGCCCAACGCACACUGGCAGCUGUCAGACGCCAACCGGGAGUACAAGGUCUGUGACACGUAUCCCAGAGAACUGUACGUCCCCCGGGCAGCAAGCAAGCCAGUGAUUGUUGGCAGCUCCAAGUUCCGAAGCAAGGGGCGGUUCCCGGCUCUCUCCUACUAUCAUCAGGACACGGAGGCUGCCAUUUGUCGGUGUAGUCAGCCACUGUCAGGAUUCAGUGCCAGGUGCCUGGAGGAUGAACAUUUGCUUCAAGCCAUCAGUAAAGCCAACCCAGUCAAUCAUUCCAUGUACGUCGUGGACACCAGGCCCAAACAUCGCAUGCAGAAUUGGUGGGCUACACAAAAGGACUUUGGCAGAAUUAUAGUGAGGAUUUCUUCAAAAAUCUGGAAUGAUGAGAAAAUAAGAGAAAGCGAUGAGAAACAGCGACUGAAUGCAAUGGCCAACAGAGCAGCUGGAAAAGGUUAUGAAAAUGAAGACAACUAUUCUAAUAUUAGAUUUCAAUUUGUUGGAAUUGAAAAUAUCCACGUCAUGAGAUCUAGCCUUCAGAAAUUAUUAGAAGUCAAUGGAACCAAAGGGCUUUCUGUCAAUGAUUUCUACUCCGGUCUAGAGAGCUCAGGAUGGCUUCGCCACAUCAAAGCUGUCAUGGACGCUGCAAUCUUCUUGGCCAAAGCAGUCGUAGGUGAAAGUGCAAGUGUGUUGGUCCACUGUUCGGAUGGCUGGGACAGGACUUCCCAGGUGUGUUCCCUAGGCUCUCUUCUGUUGGACCCCUACUACAGGACGGUCAGUGGAUUCAUGGUUUUGAUAGAAAAGGACUGGAUCUCUUUUGGACAUAAAUUUUCAGAGAGGUGUGGCCAUUUGGAUGGUGACCCGAAGGAAGUCUCACCAGUGUUUACGCAGUUCUUGGAAUGUGUUUGGCAUUUGUCCGAACAGUUUCCACAAGCCUUCGAAUUCAAUGAGGCAUUUCUUCUUCAGAUCCACGAACAUAUUCAUUCAUGCCAAUUUGGAAACUUCCUUGGAAAUUGUCAGAAAGAAAGAGAAGAACUCAAGUUGAAAGAGAAGACUUACUCCCUGUGGCCUUUUCUUUUGGAAGACCAGAAGAAAUACUUAAAUCCUCUCUACAGUUCCAAGUCGCAGAGCUUUACAGUUCUGGAGCCAAAUACAGUGUCUUUCAAUUUUAAGUUUUGGAGAAACAUGUACCACCAAUUUGAUCGAACAUUGCAUCCGAGGCAGUCUGUGUUUGAUAUAAUUAUGAAUAUGAAUGAGCAAAAUAAGCAACUAGAGAAAGAUAUUAAAGACUUAGAAUCCAAAAUUAAGCAGUGCAAAAAUAAGCAAACAGAUGGCAUCCUCACCAAGGAAUUGUUACAUUCGAUUUGUCCCGAAUCACCUGCCCUCAAAACAUCCCUGUGUCUUAAGGAGCAGACUCUACUCCCUGUGAAUGAUGCUCUCCGAACUAUCGAGGGCAGCAACCCAGCAGAUAAUCGCUACAGCGAGUAUGCAGAAGAGUUUUCCAAGCCAGAGCCUGCCGUGGUCAGCCUGGAGUAUGGUGUGGCGAGAAUGACGUGUUAGACUCAGGAGUGGUUUUUGGACUGCAGUAGUGUAGGAAGUGGGUUGUUGUGAGGGUGGUCUGUGUGUGUGAUCAAGAGAAUUUGUCCAGUGACCAUCUACAGUUUAACCGUAGGCUGGUAGUGGGAGGCAGGAUAAUAACUGCUCUUGAGAGACAUGAGUCAGGUUAAUUGCAUUUCUAGCAAGGAACAACAUUCAGUUCUGGAAGACAUGAGUGAUAUUUGGUGGAUUUACUCAAAACAUAAUUUGCACUGUACACUAGUGGAUUGACAUUUCUGUAUGAUUUUUUAUGUUAAUUACAGCCAAACGUGAAUACUCUUCCAUAGGUAUAAUUUAACUCGAGAAAACAAAACUUGACAAAAUAGUUCCUUACUAAUUGGUAUAGCAUGUACAUUCAUUCUGUAGCUGUGGCUAUGAACACUUACAUGUUUUGCCUUUUAGUGAUGUUCGGUGUUGAAGUGCCAUGAAAAUAUUUCUAAGAAAGCCUUAAAUCCCCAGCUGGUUCUUCCCCCUUGAGUUUCAUAGCCGACAGUGAGGCUUUUGCUUGUUUUUUUCGGUCAGCCUUGUGUUGUGUUUCCAGGGCUGCGCUCUCCUGCUUCUGGGCUCGCCUGCCACAGUACUUGGCCAGAGACACCUGCAGAAGCACCAUUCAGUCCCUGUUAUCUGCCUGCUGGCAUACUCAGGAAUAAUGAACGGAAGGUUUUCUUCUGAUGAUCAUUUGCUGAGUGCUACAUUUGCUGAUCUAUUAUUUACCGCUUAGGUUCUUGAUUUUUUGAAUGUGUGUAAGCAGAUUUAACUGUCUUUUCUGUAUGGAUGACUGCAAUCCACUGAUCCUUAUUUGUGGUUGGCUUUAUUCCUUUGAUAACUGUAAUUUUAAAGAUCUAAAGCUCUAAAGCUGUUCUCAGAAUCAGUGAACAAUACUAUAUAUAUGUAUAUAUUUAAACUGCCUUAUCUCUCAACAAGUUACCUUUCCUAAAAUAUCUAACUUUUAGUUUCCCCAAAAACUUUUGGGUAAAAUCAAAAGGGAAGUACUGAUAGUUUCGAUUUUGCUUGGUGGCAUGAAUUUUAAAACAGUCAUUUCUAUGUGAAACAUUUUUUUCUUCUCUGUUAAAUAUAAAGAAAAAAAAAAGAAAAUUAAGGAGAGCCUAGUACAAAGUUAAUGUUUACCAAAAGCAACUUAAAACUCUGGAAAGGAUUUCAUUUUGCCACGUUACAUAAUUGUUUAUCAUAUGUAUUAAAUCACCAAAAAAGUUUUAAAUUGCAAAAAAAGAAAUCACUUGCAAUUGGCAGUAUCACCCAACUGGCUAUAAAAUGGAAACCUUAAGUACCAUGGUGUCCUGAGGUCCGACUCGGGGUGUUAGGAACCUGCCUAGGUUCUCACCCCUCUCUCUAACAUACCUAUAGUUGUUAUAUUAGUUUUUUACAUAAACAUCUUUUUCAAGUAAAAGAAAGCUUUAUUGUAUGAGAGCUUAUCCUGUUUAUUUUUCCAAUGCUUUUCUGUAAUAUGUUAUAUAAUAAGAAAAAUACUCCUUUUUAAACAGUAACAGAAAUGCACUAUAAAAUAUACUGUGUGAUUAACCAAUCCUAUUUUCAUAUUUAAGCACUGGGAACGGAAACGUAAUCUCUGUGACCACAAAGGGAAGCUUUUGUGCCUUGGUAUCCAGCUACUGGCCGUGGUUUUAGAAUCUUUGUGGCAGACUCCUUGUCUUCAGCUCUUGGUUACAGUCCUAAGUUUCAGACACAUAUCUGUGUGUUUAUCCGCUCACACAAGUACUGAAGAGUCAGAUGAUAUCCCAAGUGGCCUACGGCUCUGUGUGGGCAAAAACCGGAUUGUGUAUGUGUCUUAAAAACCUGGUUACGUUCAGUAUGUUUGGGAAUGUAUAGCAUGUAAAUUAUUUCAUGUACUAUUUAAAGGUAAUUAAAUGUUCGUGUUUGA